AUGUCUGCGCCUGCUAAAUCGGAGCCUGAGCCACAAAAGUCGAGGCUUCACACGCCCCAGUGGGUGUCGCUCGUGGCCGGAGGAAUUGCUGGUGGAGUGGAAGCAGCCAUAACGUAUCCAUUUGAGUAUUCAAAGACACGCGUUCAACUGUUGAAUGACAGUGCUAUUCGGACGUCCAAUCCUCUCAGUCUCAUCAUCCAAGUUGCGAGACAGGAAGGUGUGGGUGCUCUGUACACAGGGUGCUCAACUCUUGUCAUCGGAACGACUGCAAAAGCCGCUGUCCGGUUCGUAUCAUACGAUACAAUCCGCAACUCUCUUGCAGAUGACCUGGGUGUUCUCUCAGCUGGCCGGGGUAUGCUUGCCGGAAUGACCGCCGGCGCUGUAGAGAGUGUACUCGCAGUAACACCGACCGAGAGAAUUAAAACAGCACUAAUCGACGAUGCAAAAGGCGCUCGACAAUUCAAGUCGGCCAUACAUGCAACUCAAGUUCUAGUACAAAGGCAUGGUAUCACCGAGCUUUAUCGGGGUCUUGUCUCCACGAUGAUGAAGCAAUCGGCCACUUCUGCAGUUCGUAUGGGAACAUACAACGUGCUCAAAGAAGCCACCAAGGCUAGGGGCAUCAAGACAAACGUGUUCACGACGUUCGGCAUCGGUGCCUUCGCGGGUGUAGUUACUGUCUACGCUACACAACCAUUUGAUACCAUCAAGACGCGUGCACAGGGGGUCCAAGGGGCUGGGAUUGUUGAAGCCUCCCGGAGCGUUAUUCGCGACUACGGGAUUCGGGGGUUUUGGAAGGGUAGUUCCAUGCGACUGGGCCGGCUACUUCUGAGUGGUGGCAUCGUAUUUUCUGUCUAUGAAGAGAUAGCCGCCAUUCUGUCUCCCGGGACGCAUCGAUAG